AUGGAUGAAGAAUCCGAGCGUACUCACCUUCUUACGGGGCCGCCUAGUUCCGCGGGUGUCUCGGAGGGGUGGCUGAGAUACCUCAAUGUCAAAUCGGUCUCCUUCAUACAACGGUCUCCUUCACCAACCUUGCCAACGAGAUAUGGCGCGAUACCUCGCCGUCGCACAAUAACAGAAACUCGGGAGAUAUUGGCUGAGCUUGAAUCCGAGUCAGAUUCAUCUUCCCCAACGGGAGACCACAAUCGAAGCGGCCAGCUUGAGCACAACAACGGGACUGGACCCCUCGUUCCAACAUAA